GAUCCUUCAUUUGAAUACAGGACGUAUAAAUACAGUUGCGGUGAGGGUAGUUCGCUUCAUUCCGAGAGGCUUUCGCCAUCAUGCCUGACCCAUCCAAGUCAGCUCCUGCUCCCAAGAAGGGCUCCAAGAAAGCGGUUACAAAGGCGCAGAAGAAGGAUGGUAAGAAGCGCAAGCGCAGCCGUAAAGAGAGCUACUCCAUCUACGUGUACAAGGUGCUGAAGCAGGUACACCCGGACACCGGCAUCUCGUCCAAGGCCAUGGGCAUCAUGAACUCGUUCGUCAACGACAUCUUCGAACGCAUCGCCAGCGAGGCCUCCCGCCUGGCGCACUACAACAAGCGCUCGACCAUCACGUCCCGCGAGGUGCAGACGGCCGUGCGCCUGCUGCUGCCCGGGGAGCUGGCCAAGCACGCCGUGUCGGAGGGCACCAAGGCCGUCACCAAGUACACCAGCUCCAAGUGAGGCGCGCCGCAGGCGCCGCGAACCCAAAGGCUCUUUUCAGAGCCACCCACACGAUCGAGAAAGAGUUUCGAACACGGCUAAAGGUUGCUACGUAAAUACUCAAUGUGCACUCGUUU